AUGUCACCCACGUAUCAAAUUAUAGAUCAAUACAACCUCACGAUAUCGUUCUUGAUUACCCUCGCUUGGCAGAUGUUGGGAUUUGCUAUAGCCUGGACGUUCAAGUUUGACAAGGUGACAGACUUCACGGGGGGUUCCAACUUCUUCAUACUGGCUUUGAUCACUCUAACGACAGGUGGUACUUAUACAGCCAGGUAUGUCAGGUCGAACAUAAAAUGA